CGAAGUUGCGUUCGCGGACGCGAGCUUUGGUCGCGAGAUUCCUGGCGUCAACAGUUUUGAGCAAAUCGCGAUGCCUCGCGGCCGAUUGUUAUGCGCGGCGUAAUGUGUCGUGAAUCACCUGUUGCUCGUGUUCUUGUUCUUCCUCUGAUUGUGAAGUGAUAAUUUUGUUUAUCUCGAUAAUUUCAUGUGCUUGAUAAGAUGGGGAAUACUUCAACCUCAAAAAUGGAAUCUCCACCCCCUGUGGAAUUCCCUCGUUCGACCAACAUUCGAGCUAGCAUUCGGACCAAGCUCCCGAUGCCCGACCAAAUGGAACUGGAAAGGCGGUUUACUAAAGUUUUGGCCUCCAUGGAUUUACCUCCGGACAAGGCCAAACUUUUGAAACAGUACGACAAUGAAAAGAAAUGGGACAUCAUCUGUGAUCAGGAGAGAGUUCAAGCGAAAGAUACGCCAGCACAUUAUUUAAGCAAACUACGAACAUAUUUAGAUCCAAAAGCGUCUCGCAGUUCAAGGAAGCGGAAAAUGGUGAGCGAUGCCACCUCGACCCAAGUGCUGCGCGAUCUGGAGAUAUCCCUCCGUACGAACCAUAUCGAGUGGGUGCGAGAAUUUUUGAACGACGAUAACCACGGAUUGGAAUCUCUGAUCGACUAUUUAAGCUUUAGGUUAGUUAUGAUGCAACGCGAAGAGAAGUUAACGGAUUCUAGGAACAACUCGGAGGAACAUCUUCACGCCACCGCAAACGGUCAAACUAGCUCUCUUAGCAACCACUCCUCUUUAUCAAAUCACAUAUCAAGUAAUUUUCAAAAUGGAUUACCCGGAGGUUCCACAAGGCCUAUGUUAGAUAUUUUAAAUAGUCCGGCAUUGAAACGCAAAUCAAAACAUGCUGCCAAACUAAAAAUGGGUGAUACCAAGGAUGACAUCCAUGUCUGUAUCAUGUGUUUACGUGCCAUCAUGAAUAAUAAAUACGGAUUUAAUAUGGUGAUUCAACAUACAGAAGCCAUCAACAGUAUAGCAUUAAGUUUAGUCCACAAAAGCCUUAGGACAAAAGCGUUAGUUUUGGAGCUUCUUGCAGCAAUUUGUCUAGUCAAAGGAGGUCAUGAGAUAAUCUUAUCUGCCUUCGAUAACUUUAAAGAAGCCUGCCAUGAAAAUAGGAGGUUUCAAACACUAAUGGGGUACUUCAUGAACUAUGAAGUGUUUCACAUGGAAUUUAUGGUGGCAUGUAUGCAAUUUGUAAACAUCAUCGUGCACUCUGUUGAAAAUAUGAACUUUCGAGUUCAUUUACAGUAUGAGUUUAGUCAACUAGGAUUAGAUCAAUAUUUGGAACGAUUGAGGCAUACUGAAAGCGAAGAACUGCAGGUACAAAUAUCUGCAUACCUCGACAACGUGUUUGAUGUUGGAGCUUUAAUGGAGGAUAGUGAAACAAAAACUGCAGCCUUGGAAAAGGUGGCAGAACUGGAGGAUGAACUCGGGCGUGCCCAUGAGCGUUUAGCAGAACUAGAAAGAGAAUCUUUAGCUCAGUUGGCUGCGCUAGAGAGUGCACUCGGUGCUGCUAGGCAAGAAAGAGAUGAGGCAGCUGAAGGUCGUAGGGUGAUUGAAGAAGAAGUACAGACCCUCAGAAGAGUGGUGAAUAACCAACAACGAGAAAGUCAAACCCGACAAUCAUUAUUAGAAGAAAAAAUUCAAGAACUAAUUGCACGCACCGACUCAGGUUCCACAAGCGGUGUAUCUAGUUGUUCCUCUUCAAAUUGUAGCACAAGUAGUACAACAAGUAAUGGAAUCGGGGUUUGCGUAACCCCUAUCCCUCCCCCUGCGCCCCCCGCCCCACCACCACCACCCCCUCCACCAUGCAUUCCAUCAAUGAGACCACCUCCGCCUCCUGCCCCAGGCAUGAUGCCGGCACCAGACGGUGCCAUGACAAUCAAAAGGAAGGUCCAAACAAAGUACAAACUCCCAACGUUAAACUGGAUUGCUCUCAAGCCAAACCAGGUGCGAGGAACCAUUUUUAAUGAACUUGAUGACGACAAAUUAUUUUCUGUGAUCGAUUUUUCUGAUUUUGAAGAAAGAUUUAAAAUAGCUCCCGGUGGUCGUGCUUUAUUGAAUGGAGAUACUGAUGUAGGAGAUGGAUUAAUGAGUUACCCUAGUAAACGAUUUAAGAAACCGGAAAAUGUUUCUUUACUAGAACAUACCAGACUGCGAAAUAUAGCCAUAUCAAGGCGGAAAAUAGAAAUGCCAGUGGAACGAGUGAUAGUUGCUGUGAAUGCCCUAGAUUUAAAACAAUGUCCGUUAGAAAAUGUAGAAAUCCUUCAGCGCAUGAUACCAACUGAACAGGAAACGAAAUUGUACCGAGAAUACCUAGCUGAAAAGAAAGAUGUAACUCUCCUCACAGAUGAAGAUAAAUUUCUGAUGUCUUUAACCAAAAUAGAAAGAUUAUCAACGAAACUAUCUAUAAUGAGCUACAUGGGAAAUUUCCUGGAUAACCUUCAUCUAAUUAUGCCGCAAGUGCACGCGAUCAUAUCUGCCUCGAGCUCUGUUAAAAAAUCAAAAAAAUUACGGCAAGUUCUAGAAGUAGUCUUAGCAUUUGGAAACUAUAUGAACAGUGCAAAACGAGGGCCAGCAUAUGGAUUUAAGUUGCAGUCUCUGGACACGUUGUUAGAUACCAAAUCAUCGGACAAACGCAUGUGUUUGUUACAUUACAUAGUUGAUACUAUUCAUUAUAAGUUUCCUCACCUUCUGUCAUUCGAUUCUGAAUUAAUGUAUAUUGAUAAAGCUGCUACUGUCUCACUUGAAAAUGUUGUAACUGAUGUUCAAGAGCUUGAAAAAGGUAUGGACAUUGUGCGCAAGGAAAGCGAAAUUAGAAAAGACUCGAUGAACAAAAAUCAUCCAUCUGUGCUUCGAGAUUUCUUGAAUAAUUCUGAGGAGAAACUACGGAGGCUGAAAAAUGACACCAAAGUUAGUCAAGACUCGUUUAGAGAAUGUGUCGAGUAUUUUGGAGAAUCGCCCAAAAUGACAGAUGCCAAUGCAUUCUUCUCAAUGCUUGUGCGAUUUACCAAAGCAUUUAAGGCGGCUGACAUAGAAAACGAGCAGAGGAGACGACUGGAAGCUGCAGCCAAAGAAGUAGCUCUCAACAAUAACAACAGUGAAGAAGUAGCUCAGAAGAACAAACUAAAUCAAAAAAAGCAACAGGAUGCUGUCAUCAGCGAGUUGAAGAGUAAGGCAAAACUCGUCCAAGAGAAGCGACUUUUGCAGCAAGAUGAGGUGUACAAUGGUGCUCUUGAGGAUAUUUUACUGGGUUUGCGAAGUGAGCCCUAUCGUCGUGCAGAUGCUGUACGUCGCAGUCAGAGAAGGCGAAUUGACAGCAAUCGGCUAUCAAGAAAUCUUGAGGACCUGGAAGUCUAGCUCUAAAUGUGCAUCCAAAUUUUCUGCGAUAGAGUUUGUUGGGAAUCGGCAAAUCUCUUCAGUGACAAAGUUUAAAGUUUAGCUUGUAUGAAGAUUGAUUCUUCAUCACUCUGCUCGUAUAACUCUUCUAUUAAAUUACCCACUGACGAGGAACAUUCAUUGCCAACUAGGGAAGUGAAGAUUAUCUUGAAAUUUUUUUAAAUCUAUUGAUUUUACCAUGGUACCUGUCCAUCUCGCUUUCUCCACAGCCAUAUGUUACCCUUUUGUUAAUUUUCCUUACUUUUGGCUUUUCCUGACGUCCCUUCAUCAUUGGGCUAAGUUACAUCUACCAAUCUUUUUUGGAGGGAAACAAUUAUUGUUUCCAUUCAAAAACUAACUCAGUAUUUUGAUAUCCAACCAUACAAUUUCUUGCUGUAUGACAUCUUGUCUUUGAAACAUAUAUCAAUAAUUUCUAAUAUUCUCUCCUCAUCCUGCACAAUCUAAGCGAGGAUGGAUAUUUCAGUCGCACAUUAUUUUGUGUUGCUACAUUAUCACCAAUAGCAUCUGAGCCGCACUAUUUUUACUAUUUUUUUUACCUCUGAGCUUCCUAACUUAAAAACUGUUCUUGUCUAACUUUUAAGAAUUAAUUUUUGUAAGUUUCACAAUAUUUUUAUCACCUUUUUUCCAACAGCCUUACCUACAAGAAUAUUUAAAUGAGUGUGGUGGCCUAGUAAAUUUAGUUCCGAUUUUUUUGCCAUGUGCAUUCGUAUAAUUUUACAUAUAAACCAAGUCAUGAACACUCCUCAGUAGAACUAAUCAGAAUGUAGAGUCAGACAUAAUUUUAUCCAGCAUCUAUUAAUUGUAUCAUGUCACCUCAUAAACAAUUACUCUCCUUUUUGUUGGUCAUCAUACCAUCCUACGCAAAUAAUUUGUUCAGUGCAUUGGUGAAAAAAUCCAAAUUUAACGAAAACAACUGGUGCUUUCAAAGUGCAAAGUAUCUCUUUGUCUUCAUACGAAUUUUUACAAGUGUUCAUUCAAUAUAUCAUUUCUACUAUCAUCAUAUCAUAACUAUUAAGUAAUUCAGGAAUUCUAAAUUAUUAUAGGGAGACCUUGAAGUAUAAUUUUACUCUCAGUUCCGCCUUUACAUAUUCAUUGAGAAUAUGCAUGUGAAGUAUAAGGUCUCUUGUGUAGCUUAUGAAUCUCAUAUUGACCAUUGUAUUGGUUCUUUAUAAAUUUUCUGUAGCAAAGAAACUGCAUGACAUCAAUAAUUCAUCCUACUAUGUUUUACUUUUUCAUCUUUAAGUUGUUUGGUUUACUAAAGCUCAGUGCCUUUAGUGACUUUGUGAUUGUUUUUAAUUAUUUAUUUAUUUAUUAUUUAUCUACUAAUUUAUCAAUAUUUGUUUGAAAAAUCAUUGAUGUUCUCUAUAUUUGGUUUAGAAGAAGGUUGCUUGAUUUUUUGCUUUGAAAAUGUAAAUUUGGCGAAAACCACAAAGCACUUGUCUGAGAGCAUCACCUCAUUCCCUGAAUUACCUAAUUUUAACAUAGUGCUUUGUCAUUGCAUCUUGGUUAUUUGUUACUUCAGAGCUUUUCCAAAGUGCCUUUACCUGUCCCAAAAAUGUAAUUUUUUGAAACUCAAUUCUCAUUACUUUUAACAAUUGGCUAGCAGCCUUCAAAUCAAGACGACACUCAUUUAGUGGACCAAAAAUUAAUUUCUUUGUAUUUAUGCAUUGUUUAAUAUCAAAAGUUUGUCGCCGAACGAUUUUCAAGUUUCUCUCACUAAUUUAUUAGCACAUCAUAAACCGCAGCUAAUAUUGUUUGCAAUUUUGUCAAUUCAAAAUCCAUUAUAAAUCUCUAUUUUCAUUUGCAGAGUGGUGAAAGACUGUAGCACACAAAUUCAGCCUUACAUUUUUUCUUCUUUUUGUUAUGAAUAAAUUUUAACUCAUGCUUACUCUCAGAUAAUCUUCAGUGUUCAUCAGUCUAAAUUUUGUUCAUUUUUUCAAAACUGAUUUUUUGACAAUCCAUUUUCAUAAAUAUCACAUCAAUAAUCUCAUAAUUGUAAGAAGUCAAUGAAACUUGUAGACUGCAUCUUGCCUUUAACAUUAGUAGCCAUAAAGCCUCAAGCCUUCGAGCACAAAUCAUUCAAAACACAGAUAUUUUUAUUUAAUUUUCUAACUAUUCUCUGCACUGUAAUGGGCGCUCUUUCAAAAUUUGCAUGUCUAAUUAUAAUCAUCAAAUGUUGUAUUUUAAUAGAUUUUUACUGAGUUGGAAUUUUUUCUUUGUUAAGUGUUAAAUAAUCUGAAAUUAAUUCCAAGAGCCCUCUUGCACUCAUUCAUCAAAAUGAAACUGUUUCCUUCCCAUAUUUGCUUUUUACUCAAUUCUCUUAAAGUAAAUUGAACUACAUUUUUCAUUCAGAACUAGAAUUUCUGGCUCAUCUGUGAAAACACUUAUGCGCAUAAGGAAACUAAUGACACAUCCGUUGUUUCUAAACUGAGCCUAAAAUUGUAGUUCCUAAUUGCACAAUGCAGUCCAAUUGAACAUGCUUGUCCAAGAAAUACAUGUGAUAAAUACAGUUUUCACAUUAUCAUUGAAGUUCUGACAAGACGUAUCAAAGUUUGUAUGCCUUGCCUUUUUUACAUCUAGUGGAGCCUAUGCAAUGCACCUGUCAAAGAAAAUUUUCAGGACUUUCUGUGUCAAUUAUCAUUAUUUUUCCUCUUCUCUGUUUCUUCCUUCUAUUUUUGUUCCUUCUGAACAUUAGCCUUUAGAAUGAUUGAUUUCCAACUUGGUGACGUCCUGUGAGCACCAAUAUCUUGUUUAACCCGCAGUAAAGAUGUAUCUUUUGCUCAAUCUUUUCAUUUUAUAUCACAAGAAAAACAUGUCAUAUCAGUAACAAUUUUAUCUCUACUCAUUUACCGCUUUAUUCUUAACUCCCUCCACAUAUAUUUUUCCAUCAAUUCAUUUCUUUCUUAUAUUGACUCAUGGUUUUUCGACUAAGGACCCAAAGUUUGUUGACUCGUAAUAUUUCAUAAUCAUGUUUACUAAAUUAGACUGCUCUGUAAUGAUUAAGUCUACUUUAGAUGUUUUUAUUUUUUCGUUUCCUAUGUACAGUAGAAUGUAAAAAUAGCUGUUUGUAUGAUUUUGUUUUGUACAUUUAUAAAUACUUUUGUAAGACUGUUGAAUUAAAUUGUAGACAUGCCUCUAAAAA